AUGGAUCUAAUGGAGGAGGGAAACGUGAGCUGUGGAGUUAAAAACUGUAGCACGCCAGGCUUCCAGGAAAACUGCUCCAACCAAGACUGUCAGGAGGAGGAAACAAGAUUUGGAUCGAUUGAGUUAGUGUGUCUGACUGUGAUUUUGGUUUCACUGAUAAUCUUCGGCCUUCUUGGAAACACACUGACCCUUCUGGUGGUUUGGCUUCGCCCACACAUGAGAAGCUGCACCUACCUCUACCUGAGCAGCAUGGCUGUUAGUGAUCUGCUGAAUCUUCUGCUGCUGCCUCUGGAUAUAUAUAAGCUCUGGACAGACUUGAAGUUGGGAGACUUCGCCUGUAAGCUGACCGUGUUCCUCUCAGAGUGCUGCACCUACUGCACCAUCCUCCACAUCACCUUUCUCUCCUUGGAGAGGUACCUGGUUGUCUGCUGGCCAAUCACCUCCAAGACGCUGGUGACACAUCGCAGAACUAGGGCUCUGAUUGGCUGCCUCUGGCUGGGAGCGGCUGUCAGUGCAGCACCAUUUUUGGUCAUGAUGGAAGUGGAUCAUAAGGGAAAAGAGGAUGAAAUCGAAGUGUGCAGAUUAUCAAAAUCCUCAUUCUCCUCUGGCCUCAUGUUGGCCAUAUUAAUUCUCUACAACCUGUACUUCCUGGUACCCCUGUGCAUCCUGGGACUAGUCUACAUCCUGAUUGGACGGACUCUGAGGCUCCGACCACAAAGCAGCCGUAAAGACAAGAGUCACCAACACGCAGUCAAGAUGCUGGGAGUGAUCUUCUUGGCCUUCGUCCUGUGCUGGCUGCCCUACAUCGUCGGCCUGACCAUGACCUAUGUUUCUGAGAGCACUGGUGCUGAAAGUCCGGGAACUAACACAGACACAAACACACACUCGGACAUGAACACUCCUCCUGAAAGCACAGGCAACAUGGCCUCUGUUACCGAACCUGUUAGCCUCUCAGACUGGGACCUGAAGACACAAGCUCACACAGACAGAGAUGAUGCACUCUGUGAAAACACAAACAACGAGAUCGACACACUCAGUGAUGCAGACGCACACUUGGUGGACACACAACCUGAAACGCUCAAUGACCCGGGCGCAGGUGACUCAGACAACCUGCACCCGUGGAUGUCCAACAGGACUGAACACAGAGAGUAA